AUGAAGUAUUCCUGCAAAAAUGUAGCAGGUAACUGUACGAAUUGCUGGUACGGUUGUGACAGGCCUUCAGGAAAUUGCUCGGGACAGUGUUCUCAUGGAUUUUUUGGAGCCAAGUGCAACAAGGAAUGUCCCCAGUGUCUCGAUUGUGACAAGAGCAACGGCACGUGUAUUUCUUGCCAUAAUCGUCAUUAUGGCCCAAGGUGUGAAUUCCAAUGUAACGAAAACUGUAUGAUUGGAUGUAGAAUAUCUGGAGAAUGCUACAAGUGCAAUGAAGGCUUUUAUGGAAUGUCGUGUAAUUUAACAUGUCCAUCUCCAAAUUGUCGAAACGGAUGUGAAAGACAUACCGGGAACUGUACCGGCUGGGGAUGUGAUGCAGGAUUUUGGGGGACAAUGUGCAACAGAACGUGUCCACAGAACUGCGGGUUCACCUCUUGUCAUCAGAAGGACGGGUCCUGCCAGACUUGUAAGGAUGGGUACAGUGGGAGGACAUGCGACAAAAAGUGUGAUUUUGAGCACUGCAGCCUGUGUCAGUUUGACGUAACCACUUGUUUUAAUUGUUUCAACGGCUGGUGGGGUGACCACUGUGACAAGAAAUGUACAGACCAUUGCAGUCACCCAUACUGUUCACAACAUACCGGAAAGUGCGGAAAGUGUGAUGAAGGUUAUUACGGACCAUAUUGUGAAGGAACGUGUAAUUCCGCUUGUAAAACAUGUUCUGAUAAUAAUACUUGUGACACCUGUAAAAAGGGAUUCUAUGGCCAUGACUGUAAACAGAGAUGUCCUAAUCGCUGUGAGGACUGUGAACGUGAUGGCAAAUGUAAGACAUGUACUGUUGGAUAUUUUGGAGAGGGGUGUAGAUGUGAACUAGCACAAUGUACUAAUAGGACAAAUAAUUCUUGUUUUAGUUGUCAGAAUGAGACAACAUGGUACCCUUUCCAAAACGGGUGCUGUCCGUGUAGUGAUAAUUGUAAUUCAACAUUAGAUGAUUUUCUUUGUACCAGUAAUGGCUGCGUCAAUGGUUGCAAAGACGAUUCCUUCGGCAAGCAUUGCUUAACAUCGUGCAGCGUACACUGUGCAGAUGGCGAUAACGAAAAAUGUAAUAAUGAAACUGGAAAUUGUUUGAAUGGCUGUAAAGUAGGGUGGUAUUUACCGCAUUGUGAUUUUAACUGCGGUUUACAUUUUCCACACUGUAGUUCAUGUAAAGAAUAUACAGACAAUAAGAAUAAGCCAUAUGUAGUCUGUGAAGCCUGUAAAUUAGGAUAUUAUAAAGAAUUAUACUCUGGUUUGUGCAAGCCUUGCGAGCACUGUGUUGGUGGCAACAUGUGCGAUGGCAGGAUUGGAUUCUGUAAAUGGGGUUGUGAGAAGGGAUGGUACGCGAGAGGUACACGAUACAGGUGUGAAUAUCCUUGUCCUGACAACUGCACUGGUGGCGUCUGUGAAGAAAUUGGCGGGAAAUGCAAGUCUGGAUGUCGAAGAGGAUCCUACGGUCCUCAUUGCCUUAAAUUUUGUCCUAACGACUGUUUGAACAGCACGUGCGCGUUUGAGAGUGGAGAAUGCGUAUUGGGGUGUGUUCCAGGAAAACGUAAUGCAUAUUGUAAUGAAAGUUGUAGUUCUCAGUGUGGAGCCAAAGGCUGCCGGCAAGAUGAUGCCUCUUGCAAAGAUUGCAUACAAGGAUAUUAUGGAGAAAUGUGUACUCUGCCCUGUAGUUCGAAUUGUCUCGACAAUGUUUGUAACCAGACCGGUUUCUGUACUGAGGGAUGUGUGGCAGGAUGGAAUGGGGUACUAUGUGAAGUAUUGGUACCUCCAAAAAGCGAGAAAUCAUUAGCAGUUCCUGGAUACACACAGUUCCGGAACACACACAGUUCCGGGAUAUACACAGUUCCUGGACACACACAGUUCCGGGAUAUACACAGAAAUGUAGAACUCAACAUGCAGGUUGCACACCAAUCAAACAAGAAUUCCAUGCAGCAUGAGGGACAUUAUAACGGUAGAAUGAAUGGCUAA